CCGCGCGCCCCCCGCCGCACCUGCGGCCGACGAGCCCGGGAGCCCCGGCGGCCCCCCGCGCAGGAAGAAGUCACGCUCCGGCCUCCGCCGCGCCUUCAGCUGGCUGCGGGGCAAACGGCGCAAGAAGAAGGCGGCUGGGGCGGAGGGCACCGAGUCGGCUGCCCCACGAGCCAAAAAAGCGGACGACAAGGCCAAGCGGGCCAAGGGCAAAAGCCGGGGCUCUGCCAAGGCCGAGAGUGACAAAGGUCAGAGCACAGGGCCCAGCCAGGGGCCGGGACCUGUGGGAGACGAGCAGCAGGACAAUGUGUUCUUCCCCCGCGGGAGGCCGCCUCACCUGGAGUUGCUGCACACGCAGGCCCAGGAGGGGCUCCGCUCCUUACAGCACCAAGAAAGACAGAAAUUGAGCAAGGGUGGCUGGGACCAUGGAGACACCCAGAGCAUCCAGUCCUCCCGGACGGGGCCAGAUGAAGACACCAUCUCCUUCUGCAGUCAGAAGUCCUACAUGACAGAGAGCUCCACAGCGGAGGAUGCGCUCUCAGUCCGCUCGGAGAUGAUCCAGCGCAGAGGUUCCACCUUCAGACCCCAUGACUCAUUUCCCAAAUCUGGAAAGUCAGGGCGGCGCCGACGGGAGCGGAGGAGCACAGUGCUGGGACUGCCUCAGCACGUGCAGAAGGAACUUGGUCUGCGCAACAACCGAGAGGCACCAGGCACUCCACAGCCUCCCGGUCCACGGGAUGCUGUCCGCAUUCCCACAGUGGAUGGUCACCCGGCAGGCCUGGCCUUAGGGUCCGGGGUUCGGGUGUCCCUGCAGGCUCUGGAGGCAGAAGCAGAGGCUGGCACCGAUACAGAGGCUAUACUACAGCGCCACAUCGACCGUAUUUACCAUGACGACACACUUGUUGGCCGAUCCACGGGGGCCCGGCCUCCACCACUGACUCGGCCUAUGUCUCUAGCAGUGCCUGGACUGACAGGAGGGGCAGGACCUUCAGAGCCAUUGAGUCCAGCCAUGUCUAUCUCACCCCAGGCCACCUACUUGUCCAAGCUGAUCCCACAUGCUGUGCUGCCGCCCACAGUGGAUGUGGUGGCCCUGGGCCGCAGCAGCCUGCGCACUCUGAGCCGCUGUAGCCUGCUCUCUGCUAGCCCAGCAUCUGUCCGCUCGGUGGGCCGCUUCUCCUCAGCCUCGAGUCCACGGCCCCGAAGCCGCCAUUCGUCCUCGUCCAGUGCCACCUGGAGCCAUUCCCAAUCCUCCGAUACCAUUGUGUCUGAUGGGUCCACUCUCUCCUCCAAGGGGGGCUCUGAGGGCCAGCCAGAGGGCUCUAUAGCUAGCAAUAAUGUGGUACCCCCUCCUCCAGGGGGCAGUGGGAGGGGCUCCCCCAGUGGCGGUAGCACUGCCGAGGUCUCAGACACAGCCAGCAUCCGCAGCGGCAGCCAGUUGUCUGGCAGGAGCGUGUCCCUGCGUAAGAUGAAACGGCCUCCCCCACCUCCCCGCCGCACGUACUCCCUCCAUCAGCGGGGCUCGGCAAUACCCGAUGGGCCCUUAGGGCUGCCACCCAAACCUGAUCGAAAGCAACAGCCGCAGCCGCCCCGCCCGCCCACCACAGGUGGGGCUUCAGGGGUGGGGCCAGCAUCUUGUCCACCCAGCUCAGCAGGCAACUGGGGCUCUGGCUUGUCCCCAGGUGGCUCCAGGCGCCCCCCACGUUCACCAGAACGGACACUUUCACCUUCUAGUGGAUACUCAAGCCAAAGUGGUACCCCGACUCUCCCUCCCAAGGGUCUGGCAGGUGCCCCUGCUUCCCCAGGCAAGGCUCAGCCCCCCAAACCAGACCGAGUGACAUCCCUCCGAUCCCCUGGGACCUCUGUGUCCUCUUCUCUCACAUCUCUGUGUUCCUCCUCUUCAGACCCUAUUCCCUCAGACCGCUCUGGUCCACAGAUGUCCACACCCUUGGGUGACAGGUUUGUCAUACCUCCUCAUCCUAAGGUGUCUGCUCCCUUUUCUCCACCGCCUUCCAAGUCCAAGAGCUCGAACCAAGCUGCCCCCACCCUGGCUGCCCCCGCUGCGUCUCCUGGGCCAGUUUCUACCGUUGAUACCAGUCCUGCAUCCCCGUCCGUGCCUCAGACAACCCUGACUCCACCCCAGGAGUCUCCCAUUGCCUCCAAAGACCAGUCACCCCCACCAUCUCCACCCCCAUCUUAUCAUCCACCCCCACCACCUGGUAAGAAGCCUGAGGUGCUUGAGGAGGUCGCACCUCCCCCAGAGGCUACUGUGGAGGCCCUCCCAGAUCCUAGCUGGCCCCCACCACCACCUCCCACACUUGAGGACCAGGACCUGUCCAUGCCUGACUUUCCCCCGCCUGAGGAAGUCCUCUUCUCUGCAGGCCCUGAACCUGGCUCUCUAGAGCCCUGCAGCUCCCUGGGCGCCACUCCCUCAGAUGCUAGCCCAUCCCAAACCCCUCCGCCAGCCCCGCCUCCUCCACCUCCAGCGGCUUCUGUUUCCGAACCUCUGGCCAAGCUCCCUCAGAAGGACUCUGUGGUCAAGAACAGUGGGGCUCCCAGGGAGGAUGCAGGCACACCCCUGGUCACACCCUCGCUGCUGCAGAUGGUGCGGCUUCGCUCUGUGGGUGCUUCUGCAGGGGUUCCGAGUCAACCUCCAGGCUCAUCAGCCCCCCAGAAGCCUCUGCGAAGAGCCCUGUCUGGGCGGGCUAGCCCAGUGCCUGCUCCCUCUGGGCUCCAUGCUGCCGUCCGACUCAAGGCUUCCAGCUUGGCUGCCAGUGAAAGCCCUAGUAGGGCUCUGCCUGCUGGACCACCAGAGACAGAGCCACGGUCUCCACAGUCUCCUGCCUCCAAGGCCAGCUUCAUCUUCUCCAAGGGCACCAGGAAACUGCAGCUCGAGCGGCCCGUGUCCCCCGAGGCCCAAGCUGACCUCCAGAGGAAUUUGGUAGCUGAACUUCGGAGCAUUUCAGAGCAGCGGCCAACCCAGGCCCAGAAGAAGCCUUCCAAGGCUCCCCCACCUGUGGCCCGUAAACCCUCUGUGGGAGUCCCUCCUCCUUCCCCCAGUUUUCCCAGGGUUGAGUGUCUUACUGCUCCAUCCACCAACGGGCUCCCUCAUGCUGAGGACAGGACUAAGGAGGAGCUGACGGAAAAUGGAGAUGAGCAGCUGGCUAGUACAGAGAAGAUGGGUCCCCCUGGUUCAGAUCCACAGAAGAAACUGGUCUGACCAUCAUCACUCAACUGGCACUGCUGACCAUCCCAGGGAUGCAAUCUCUCAGGGACCUGAGCAGCUCCAAGGAAGAGAGGAUCUGGCAGACACAACCUAAGACAGGAUGCCUGCAGCCUUAAUCUCCACAGCCUUCCAUGUUUAUGCAAGCCUGGUGUUUCCCUGUCCUCCAAGUCACCCCCUCCCUCAUGCCUUUUCCUGAAAGGCGUCACCUCCAGCAGCCUUGGCCUUAGCCUCAUCUUGGAGAAGGUAGCUGGUGGGACUGGGUGCCUGUGCCCCACCCCCACCCCGGCCCCAAGGCCACGGAGGCGGGGUGGAGCAUGUUUGUUUUGUUUCAUGUCUGGAACCAUGUUUAUUGUAGUCCAGAAUCAAAGCACUUUGCAAAGUGGCUGCAUGUCCAUGCUCCAGGGCUCAGGAAACCACAUUCCAAGAGCCGGUUUACACAGUGGCAGCGGCAGUCCAUGGUAGCCAGCCUCCAGCUGGGACCAGUCUGUCCACUCUGCCAGCCCAGUCCACUCCUCUCCUUAGGUCUUGGAGAUGGGCAGGUCACUCAUCCUCACAGGCUUCCCAGGCUGGUGGCAGGAGGGGGCAGGGCUGUGGAAUCCAAAGCACAAAGGCACAGUGGGCGCCAGCCUUCCUGUGCCUCAACUUACCACCAACCACUCUCUCGCCUUCUGAUUCUGUCAGGUGCUCCUUAUAGGGGGACUCUUUGGGUGAGAAGAGGAAGAGCCAAAGGUCUGCAGGCACUGUGCACUAAGAAACCAAAAACCAGACCAGAGCAGGGAGCCAUCUGGGAUCUUGGCACGCUCGUCACCUGCCCUGUGACAUUUGAUUGGGUCUGGGUAGAUGGGCACAGCUCGGAGCCAGGAGCCCACGGGGUGUGUCCAUUUCAGCUUGGCAGGGAAUGCUGCCUAGGUUAUUGGAAGAGUCUGGCAGCGACUACUGGGCCUACUCCUCAGAUUCCAUCUCUGACCUGUCUUACUCUUUGGUGCAUGCUUUUUCUGCAGCUGCCUUUCAGCCAGGUGGAGGGAGCUGAGGCUGAGCACAAGGACAAGAAGCCACAGGCUGAUGGCACUCUAUUCUUUCCUAGUCCAAGAGGGGAUACACAGGGCUUGUUUUGAGCAGGCGGGUGGCUAUCCCCAGAUAGCGGCCUCUGCCACUGAUCUUUCUGGAAUGUGAUAAAGUGGAGUCCCUGUUGGCUCCAAUGGCUGUGCCUCUUCAGGGUCACCCCUUGAAUUGCCAAGAGACUCUCCCUGCCCCUGACUUUUCAAGAACU